AUGCUCUCAACCCCCGGCCCAUCACGGGCAGCACGUCCUCGAGAUCGAGACCGAGACCGCAACCGCGCCAGAGACACAGCCAACCCACGACACCGCGAAGACCGAGCACGAACCCCUCCCCUCCCAGCCUACCAAGCGCCCGUUGGGCCCCUCGCAGAAGUCGGCCGCACGGCGCUCGUCACGCUCCUCCGUUCCCAAGCCCUCCGACAACUCAAGACGCAUGUGCAACAUGCCGAGCUAAAACUGACCGAGUCCGCUGGGGAGGUCAACGAGCGGCUGACGGAUGCAACGGUACGGUUGAAGAGAAAGAGGGAGAAGGAAAGGGAGAGAGAUGUCAGUCGGUCUAUGACGGAGGCAGGGGAUGGAGAUACGAAAGGGAAUGAAGGGAAAGACCGUAUGGAUGUUGACGGUGGGGAUGCAGAUGGUGGGCACGAGGAGGACAUUGCCAGGUUGAAGGAGUUUGAGGAGAAAGUUAGGGGUGUCACGGAGAAGUUGGAUGGGAGUAUGCGCAAGGCAAUUGAUUCAGAGGUCAAGAUUGAUGCUCUUGGGGUGGCUUUGAAUGGGCUGCAGAGGGAGGCCGAAGCCAAUGCUGCUGCGAAUGGAGGCACUCAGAGACCGAGGCAGCGUCGGCGACGGACAAGGCGCGCUGGCUCUGCUGAGGAAGAAGCGGAGGAGGACGAAGGGGAGCUGUAUGAGGCUACACCUGAGGCUGAAGAGGGCGCCGACGGGCAUUCUUUGACUCGAAAGCUCGAGGAGAGGAUGGCAAAGGACCAAGAGAAAUGGGAAGAUCUCUCCUUGACAGAACGCUACUCCGAGAACAACAGCUACAUUGGCUUCUACCGCAUAAUCCACGAGGCCAAACACCCAGGCGACGACCCACCACCUGUCCCGCACGCAUCAACCUGGUUCAGCCACCUCGAAGACCCCAAUGCCCGCUCCGCGAAACGCCGGAACUCUUCCUCAGCCCUGACCCGCCGCAACACCCGCCAGCAACGCCAGCGCAACGCUUCCACCGACUCCGACGACCUCGCCAUCGAGCGCGAGCGUAUAUCUCUCAAAUGCCCUCUCACUCUCCUCCUCUUCAAGGACCCAGUCACAAGCACAAAAUGCCCUCAUAGCUUCGAGCGCGCCGCGAUAACAGACAUGAUCUUGCGCAGUGGCAUGACCAUUCCGGCACCCGCGGAGUCGGGAUCCGGUGGUCGGCCUCGCCGCGCCCGGGCCGUGAAAUGCCCCGUGUGCUCAGAGGUCCUGACUGCAAAUGAUCUACGCGAGGACCUGGCCUUGCUAAGGCGGGUACGCCGUGCUGAGGCGGCGUUGAGACGGGUACGCGAGGAGGAGGAGGAUGACGAGCUGGGGUUCUCGGAAAGGCGCAGAGGCCGGCAAAGUGGAAUUAUGCUUGGGAGUGACGAUGAAGAUUCCUCCAGAGGUGACGGGCGUGGAAAUAGAGUGGAUGUUGAUCAGGUCCGGAUUAAGCAGGAGCGCGCGAUGUCAAGGGGAAUGACCGAGAUCGAGCAUGAUGAUGAAGAGCAGGAUGACAAUGAGGACGAGGACGAGGAGCAGGAACAAAGUGCUGCUGCUGCGUCUGGGACUGAGACGGAGGAGGACUCCAACUCCGAGGCGGAUUCGAACGGAGGCUCGGAGUGA